UUAUAUUAUAGCUUUAAUUUUAUUACAAACGGUAUUGAAACAAACUAAAUUUACAUGUCAAAUGAAACACAGAUAUCUAUACAAUUCAUGUCAUGUAUUCAACAGUUCUCCACGUUUCCUCUGUGCAUCACUGUAAGCAAAGCAGUCAGCUGUGUAUAGAAAUAUAUUCCUGUGCCCGCAGGUUCAAGAUUUGCAUGAUUAUCAGUGUAUACAUCUGUGUGUGAAUAUGUGUCUAUGAACAGAGCUCUCUUGUCAGAGACACUCACUCCUGACGCCUUACACUAUCACAUCUGAAACAUACAGCCUUAAAAAAGCAGGACGCGCGAUCACGAGAAUGUUUAGCAGAGCGCUGUUUAUCAUCGUCUGUCUUCGUCUCUUAGGUGCAGGCAUUGGACAAGAUGAAACAUGUAAACUAGUUGAAUGUUUUAACUGUUCUCAACCUCUAGAAAGAAAUAUAGCACAAGUAUGUCCACUGUGCCAGCCCACGUCAAAAAACUGCACCGACGAUGUUCUGUCAAAUUGCACGAUAAAAGAUUUUAAUGUGAACGUAAACACCUCUUCCACCAAAGUUCCAGAGGGUGAGACCGUGACUGUUAACUGCACUCAUGAUGUUCCCAAAGGCUCCAUCAGCUGGCUAAACAACAAUGAAUUACAGAAAGACGAAAAUAAAGAAAUAUUCCAAAUCAAGUACAUUCCAAAAACCUCAGUGAUCAGCUGCCAGGUUAAAAGUAUUUGUGGGAACUACAACUCUACUAUAACAAUUGAAGUACAAGCUAGUAAUAUUUUGGUGGUUUUACUGAUUUGUGUCGGGGCAGCAGCUGCUCUCCUCAUGCUGUUUGCAAUAGUCAUGAAGAUCGCACUCAAGAGAGGACAAGCUCAGAGUCAGGCCAGAAAGAGACAAAGACAGCAGAACCUGGAGAACAUCCACAGCUCUGUGAACACGGUCACCAGCUACUACUGAGAGAGAGCGCUUCUGCAGCUGAAGCUCCUGAUUCAGAGACCUUUCAGUUCUACACUUCACAAAUAUUUAGACCUAAAUUUAGGAUUUGUGUUUUUGAAUUGCAUAUAAAAUUUCCAUCCAUUUGGAAUACAUAAUUUUAACAUAAACGAAUAAUUGAGCUUUUAACAUGAAACUCUAUGAACUUUAUAUGCAAUUCAAUUCAAUUUUGUUAAAUUAUUAUCAUUAAAUGAUUUGGUGUGAAGUUGAAUCACUAGAUACAUGGCAUGUUUUUUGACUUGUUAGGUCAUCCUAAAAACACAUGCAGAAAUCAACAAUGUGAAAUACAGUGGUUAUA